AUGCAUCUGUUCUCUUGGAGACGUCGCCGUGCAGGGACCCAAACCUGUAACCCAGCUGGCACCGCUCACGGCCAAGAGAAAGACUUGAGCGAAACUUCCGGUUCGCGAGAAAAGGAACGAGCUCAAUUGUAUCUGAAGUUUCUCGACAAACGGCGUGCUACUACCCUACAGGCCAUCUACCAGAAUGAGUUUAUGCUAGAACAGCUACGGAUGCGACUGCAUUACAUCGACGAGGAUAUCGCUGCUGAGGAGCAGAAGAUGGCCCAAUGA